GACAGUACUCGCUUCGAGUUCAAGCAAAAAAUAAACAAAACAAUUUUGACGAUAAGAAUCUAAACAUGAAUAAUUUUCAAAAAGAAUUCAUAAUGGGCAUGUUCUUAGAUAAUGACAAUGCCUCCACUAUGGAAAGAUUGGUUGUAGCAGUAGCUAAUAUAGUUAGCGAAAACAACGAAAACAUGAACAAGUUCAGCACGGCUUUUGAGAAGGAGUUUGAUUAUACAUCUGUAAGGGUUGAAAAUCCCGGAGUCGUUCCUGUUACUCGGCGUAUGAAAGGAUUUUAUGAAGAUUCAGUACGUAAUUUCACUGAUGACGAUUACGCUGUGAGAUUUAAAAUGAAGAGGAGUACAGUUCAGACUCUUAUAAACUUUCUGAAGAACUAUGUGAAACCUGGAAAUAUCUCCCUGGAUAAGAAAGUUCAUGUGUUUCUGUGGUUAAUGGUGAGUGAUAGUUCUUAUAAUGAAAUAGGUAAAUUAUUUGGUAUGCACAAAUCUUCAGUGAGCAACAUAUUCCAUGAGAUAGCUACCCUCCUUACUGAACAUAGAUACAGAUUCAUUAGCUGGCCAUCAGUGGAGGAACAGCAUAUUACUAGAAUAAAGGUGAAUAGCAGAUUCAAGUUCCCUAACUGUGUGGGAUUUAUUGAUGCAUGCCGUUUUAAAGUAGGAUCUAAGAGAAAUAAAAAAGAUAAACCUGAAAUCAUUCUCCUACAAGCUGUUUGUGAUGAAUCUCUCAUAUUCCUAGACAUUCAUAUUGGUGAAAUAGGAAAAACAAGAAAACAUAGAGUUUUCAAAGAAAGUGCUUUAGCACAUGAGCUUAAGAAUUUUGUUGAAUUUGAGAAUCAUAUUUUGGGAGACUCUGAAUAUAGACUAAGGAAAAACUUAAUUACUCCAUUUACAAGUGAAGAGUUAUUAACAAGCGAAGAGAUGAAGUUUAAUGAGAUUCAUUGGAAGACUCGCAGCUAUAUUGGUCAUGCAUUUGAGUUAAUGAAGGAAAGAUUCAGGAAAUUAAACCAUAUUGAUAUUGUGAAGCUUGAGUCUGUGCACUUGCUUAUAACUGUGGCAUGUAUUCUUCAUAACUUUAUAUUGAUGCAUGAGGGAUGCUCGGAAGUUAAGGAGGAGGCAGUAGCCUGUGAUGAUGGAGUCACUAUCAACACUAGCAUUGUUCAAACUGCUUUAGAGAAGAGACAGUUUUUAUGUAACUACAUCAAUUAUAUUGAUAAGGAAGACAUUUGAGAUUGUUAUGGUUUGUGAGAAAAAACCAUGAAUGUUUAGACCUAUUUCUAAGGAGUCUUUAUUUAAAUAAAACUACUUUUACGGAUUUUAUCGC